CUGGUAGUAGUAGAUGUUAUAGUAUUGGUAGUAGUAGAUGCUAUAGUAUUGGUAGUAGCAGAUGUUAUAGUAUUGGUAGUAGUAGAUGUUAUAGUAUUGGUAGUAGUAGAUAUUAUAGUAUUGGUAGUAGUAGAUGUUAUAGUAUUGGUAGUAGUAGAUGUUAUAGUAUUGGUAGUAGUAGAUGUUAUAGUAUUGGUAGUAGUAGAUGUUAUAGUAUUGGUAGUAGUAGAUGUUAUAGUAUUGGUAGUAGUAGAUGUUAUAAUAUUGGUAGUAGUAGAUGUUAUAAUAUUGGUAGUAGUAGAUGUUAUAAUAUUGGUAGUAGUAGAUGUUAUAAUACUGGUAGUAGUAGAUGUUAUAGUACUGGUAGUAGUAGAUGUUAUAGUACUGGUAGUAGUAGAUGUUAUGGUACUGGUAGUAGUAGAUGUUAUGGUACUGGUAGUAGUAGAUGUUAUAGUACUGGUUGUAGUAGAUGUUAUAAUAUUGGUAGUAGUAGAUGUUAUAAUCUAUUACAAACUACAUCUUCAUAAUGUCAAGCUAUUACAAACUUCAUCUUCACAAAAUCACGCUAUUACAAACUACAUCUUCAUAAUAUCAAGCUAUUACAAACUUCAUCUUCACAAAAUCAAGCUAUUACGAACUUCAUCUUCACAAUGUCAAGCUAUUACAAACUUCAUCUUCACAAUGUCAAGCUAUUACAAACUUCAUCUACACAAUGUCAAGCUAUUACAAACUUCAUCUUCACUAUGUCAAGCUAUUACAAACUUCAUCUUCACUAUGUCAAGCUAUUACAAACUUCAUCUACACAAUGUCAAGCUAUUACAAACUUCAUCUUCACUAUGUCAAGCUAUUACAAAUUUCAUCUUCACAAUGUCAAGCUGUUACGAACUUCAUCUUCACAUAUCAAGCUAUUACAAACUACAUCUUCACAAUGUCAAGCUAUUACAAACUACAUCUUCACAAUAUCAAGCUAUUACAAACUACAUCUUCACAAUAUCAAGCUAUUACAAACUACAUCUUCACAAUGUCAAGCUAUUACAAACUUCAUCUACACAAUAUCAAGCUAUUACAAACUUCCUCUUCACAAUAUCAAGCUAUUACGAACUUCAUCUUCACAAUGUCGAGUUAUUACAAACUUCAUCUUCACAAUGUCAAGCUAUUACCAUCUUCACAAUGUCAAGUUAUUACCAUCUUCACAAUGUCAAGUUAUUACCACCUUCACAAUGUCAAGCUAUUACCAUCUUCACAAUGUCAAGCUAUUACAAUCUUCACAAUGUUAAGCUAUUACCAUCUUCCCAAUCAAUGUCAAGCUAUUACCAUCUUCACAAUCAAUGUCAAGCUAUUACCAUCUUCCCAAUCAAUGUCAAGCUAUUACCAUCUUCACAAUGUCAAGCUAUUACAAUCUUCACAAUGUCAAGCUAUUACCAUCUUCACAAUGUCAAGCUAUUACCAUCUUCACAAUGUCAAGCUAUUACCAUCUUCACAAUGUCAAUCUAUUACCAUCUUCUCAAUGUCAAGCUAUUACCAUCUUCACAAUGUCAAGCUAUUACCAUCUUCACAAUGUCAAGCUAUUACCAUCUUCACAAUGUCAAGCUAUAA